AUGCAGUUUAGCGCGGGCGAUGAAGACAUCGAUCUCGUUCCUCUCAGUGAAUUUUAUGCCACUGCUCCAGAAACUGUAUCUCGUCCAGAAGUGACAAAAACCAAUGAGCAUGAGCAACGACUGGCUAGAUUGACUUGGGAAAUUGCUCAACGAAAAGCGCUCGUAGACACCCUAACUGAGCAAGAAGGUCGUCGAAACGUGUUGAUCAGCAGCAUAAACGGAAAGGAGCAGAGGCUCAAAAGUCUUCGCUCUAAGAUUUCAACGCUAAUGGCGUCGGCUAAACCGGUACAAGAAGCAUUGGGAGUUGGUAAUGCUUCGGCCUCCUCUGCUGAGCAACGAUCUCUCUUUUCCUUACUUCCACAUGAUCUCUCCGUGCUAUACGUACAGGCAGAGGCUUACAGAGAUAUCAUGGAAGACGCAAGUAUGCAAGUGGUUAUUCGCGGCGAUCCAAAUGAAGCUCUGCGCUUAACGCGACGACAGAAAGAAGAAUGGGAAGAAAAGGAUAAUAGCGAUGAUGAUGAAGGUAGCGAUAAUGAGAGGCGUCAUCAUGGUGUUGUGUCGGAUCGGCUCGAGCUCAACAAGAAGACGGUGACACAGCCAUAUCCAAUUUACUUAAAAAUCGAGAUUGGAUGUCAAGAUGAAGUUAAAGUCGCUUUAAAGUUGUACUAUCUACCGGAAUUGCGCGUUACUUGUAUGAAAUACAAAAUUACUGGUAAAUUGCCGACACACGGCUGUCUCUAA